CUUCAUUAGUUAAAUCAUAAAUGGGCUUUAUUUCGAUGACGCAUUAGUGAUACUGAAAGCUGAUUGGCUUGAUGGUUAUAUAUGCGGAAAAGAGCCAAUUUAAUCAAUCUCUAGAGUUUAUAAGAUGUCCGAUUUAUCCUCCCUUGUGCCUUUUUACACGCAUUUUGGACAGAAGCAAUGCCUACAUGAUCCAUUAGACUGUAAGUGCCUUAAUUGCGAAGUGGACGCUUUUGCUCAAUUAUGAAUAGGCUAAUGCAGAUUUUGGACACGAAUAUUUCCAAGGAUUUUAAUAAUAAUAAUAAUAAUAGUAACAACAACAAUAACUGUUCAGAAAGAAUAAAAAUUAUAUUUAUUAAAGAAAACGUCCAAAUUAAGUUUGAAACAGUCAAUAAAUGUGUUCCGAUUCGACGUGCGCUCACGCGCUCUUCUCGUGCGUGCAUGCGAUGAGUUGCUAUAGCGACGCGUGUUAUGAAUUCUGACUGAAUAUAUACACUGGAACCGAUCACUGUCUGUUGGUUGAGAGACGAGGCGAAUUUACAGACUUUUGCAGAGUAUUUUCUGUGCGAAUCUUGUGACUUUGAAGCUGCUGGAGGAUUUCUGAAAGGAGACUUUUAUUCUAGAAGACAUCGCAGGAUAUAUCCUUUUUAUAUAGUUAUAUUUUUGAAAGAGUUCCUAUUAUUUUUGAGGAUACUUUUAUUUUAUUGUUCUUCUCUUAGUUUCGAAGGAGUUUGUUUUUAUUUCUUCUUUUUUUUUAUUAAUUUUUGUUUUGUUUCAUUUUUUUAUUUUCUGUGGAGAGUUGUAUUUUAUUGUAUUGCAUUUUGUAUUGUAUUUUGUAUAGUUUUUACUGCAGAUUGCAGGAAGAUGUCGAUGGCUCACAUGAUGGGUGAAAGAGGAGGUCAGGCUGUCAGGUCCGCCGACAGCUUCGAUGGAUGGCUGUGCCCUCCGCUGCCAGGUCAAGUUCCUGUCGAGCCAAAGAAGACGUCACGUGGCCUAACUGCCCGGGGUGCCAUGGGGGCUUCUCCUGUGAACAAGAGGUCAACAGAAAAACCUACAGAACGCAGGAAGAGGAAACAAAUUCGUUCUUUCCUCAACAGGCCGUGGAAGGCGAUGAAGAGUCCUUUCCGGUGCUGUUGCCCCUGUAGUGAUGUGGAUGUUGUGAAGCCUUUUGUCCCUUCACCAGAUCUGGAGCCAGAGCCUGAUCCCGAACCACCGUCACCUGCUCCAGAUCACUCCGGCGUCAAGCCAAUUAAUGAAAAACCUACAGAACGCAGGAAGAGGAAAAGAAUUCGUUCUUUCCUCAACAGGCUGUGGAAGGCGAUGAAGAGUCCUUUCCGGUGCUGUUGCCCCUGUAGUGAUGUGGAUGUUGUGGAGCCUUGUGUCCCUCCACCAGAUCUGGAGCCAGAUCCUGAUCCCGAACCACCGUCACCUGCUCCAGAUCUGGAGCCAGAGCCUGAUCCCGAGCCACCGUCACCUGCUCCAGAUCUGGAGCCAGAUUCUGAUCCCGAGCCACCGUCACCUGCUCCAGAUCUGGAGCCAGAGUCUGAUCCCGAGCCACCGUCACCUGCUCCAGAUCUGGAGCCAGAGUCUGAUACCGAGCCACCGUCACCUGCUCCAGAUCACUCCGGCGUCAAGACAAUUAAUGAGUCCUUUGAGUCUCUUUAUAACGUGGGAGAGAUGCUUGGAUCCGGAGGAUUUGGCAGGGUGUACGAGGGAACGCGCAAAUUUGAUGGCAAAAAGGUUGCCAUCAAGGAGAUGCUCAAGAUUGACAACGAUCGUUAUCUUCAUAUUCCUGGGCACCCCAAACCUCUCGUUACCGAAGUGGCGCUGUUGCUGAUGAUGAGGCGAGAACCCAUAAGCCCCUACGUCAUACAUCUAUACGAGUGGUUUGAACAUCCUCAAACGUUCACUCUCGUUAUGGAGUACCCGGAACCCUGCGAGAGCCUGCGUGCCUUCAUCACCCGUAACCCUCGACUGUGUGAACCAGCCGCACAGGUCAUCGUGCUACAGGCCAUGAUGGCGGUACUACACUGCAUCGAGCGUGGUGUUUUUCACCAUGACAUCCAUGCUCAGAAUUUCCUGUUGAACAAAGACACGUUUCGUCUCAAGCUGAUAGACUUUGGCUGCGGUCAGCUAUUUAGUAGUGAUGGCUACGAGAGCAAAAUAUACAUCGGAGCACCGACUUACUGCCCACCUGAAGUCCUGACCGAACCUCGCUUCCACGCCAUCCCAACAAAUGUCUGGGCCCUAGGAGUCUUGUUGUAUAAGAUGGUGAACGGAUGUCUUCCUUUUCGCAGUAGAAGAGAAAUCACACAGGCCAAAAUUACAUUUCAGAACUCCACAUUAUCCGAAGAAUGUACAGAUCUGAUUAGCCAGUGCCUAGCCCGGGAUCCCACUAAACGGCCGACGUUAGAGCAGAUGUUUCAGCAUGAAUGGAUUACAAGUGAUCUAGAUUGGGGAAGUUCAGGAGAUUCAAUCCGUCUGUGAUUUCAGGAAAUAACAUACUUGCUGUCCUUGGUGGAAGACUUGACCCGAAGCCUGAAGUCCAACCCCAACCUGACAGGGAACUCGGAGCCCGUCCACGUCUGAGCGAGAACACGAGACUGCGAGACUGGAACCAAAUCAUCAAGCAUCAUCACAGCCACAUUUGCUUUGUUUUAAAAUGAAUUUUUGCUUUGUUUUUAAAGAAAGUCAAGACACCUCAUCUUUAUUUAUAUAGCGCCUCGUAUAUGACCAAUCUGUACAUAUGUAUAUAUCAUUUUUGAAUUAAAGAAAUGUUUUUUAAACAGUCUUGGCCUAGGAGGAACCUUUGAAGUGAAAAGGCAAAGACCUAUUUUUGUGCUUCCCAAAAUAAAACUAAAUAAAAAUGUAAAUAAAACUCUACAUGAUAUCAAAUGUUUGGAGGUUUCACCAUGGCAACAAUAACUCCUUGGUCUUUAAAAAUGACUGACAUUAAUUUAGUGAUCAAAUUUAGCACUCUUAAAUAUGAUCAAAAUGUUGUAAUCAUAAUAACUAAACCUCAAAUUGUCAUACUGUAAAUCAACAUCUCCGUAAAAUGUUAUGGAGUUUCUAAUAGAAAUAUGACUUUCUGUAACAAAACAGGGCAUUGAUUUUGUACAUGUGACAAUCAUGUUUAUCCAACAUCAGGCAUUUUGGGAGACACAAGUGAAUAGGGAAAGAAAUUAAAUAUCAAUAUUCCUAUGAAAUAUUAGACAUUAUUAAGAAAAUGUUGCCAAUUAUUACACUUCUUUUUUCAUUACAUGUUGCCCCAAGAACACAUUCAUAUGCAAAUUAGAUACAGUAUAUAGAUACAUUGUAUCGAUUGUAUCACAUCUAAGGCCAUUUUACCCACACAUUGCAUCAAGUAAAACGGUAUAUCAAUCAAUUCCGUUAUAUCUUUGAUUAAUUGAGAAUCAUCUUUAUAAAAGUUUGGUUAAAAAAAAAAAAAAAAAAUCCUGAACCCUAAAAAUUGAUUUGUAAAUGGCAUGUAUAUUGUUUUUGCCUAUACAUGUCAUUUCAUGUCUUUUUAUUGUUUUAAACAACAGAGUCCUGGUGUCCACUACAGAGGACAUACUGUAGCAUAACAUAUGAAUAAAAUAUAUUUAAAAAAAAAAAAAAAUCCCCAUUUGUUUAUCACGCUCUAAACAAUGUCAUGACAUGAAAAAUACUAAAUUCAAACAACCUUUUGUUUUUUCGGGCUCUCAGUAGGAAACAUUAUAUUGUCCAUCUGAUCCAACUAUGUAUAUUAUUAAUUUUCAUUUCACAAAAACACUCAAUUUAAUUGCAAUUCAGUUGUCUCCUGUCUUUCUCAAACCAUAUUUAAGUUAUUAACUGUUUAACUCUGCGCUGUCAUGUGCCGAUUCAGGACUGAAAUAUUACGGAGGUAGAAACCACAUCAAAUGUAGGGUGAAUGAAGGGUGAUUGGGACACAAGGUCAGAUGGGACAGUAACUAUAUAGAAUUUAUUUUCUCACCUGAUGAGUGAAAA